AGCAGGCGCCGGGGGGCGGUGGGCGCCCCUGGCGGUGGCGGGGCGAGCGGCAGCGGGGACGAUGGCGGCCGCCUCCUCGGUGUGGAAGGGGCUGGUGGGGCUCGGCCUCUUCGCCCUGGCCCACGCGGCUUUCUCGGCGGCGCAACAUCGUUCUUAUAUGAGAUUAACAGAAAAGGAAGAUGAAACAUUGCCCAUAGAUAUAGUUCUUCAGACUCUGUUAGCCUUUGCAGUUACCUGCUAUGGGAUAGUACAUAUCGCAGGAGAAUUUAAAGACAUGGAUGCCACUUCAGAACUAAAAAAUAAGACGUUUGACACAUUAAGGAACCAUCCAUCUUUUUAUGUAUUUAAUCAUCGUGGUAGAGUAUUGUUCCAGUCCCCAGACACAGUGAAUUCUUCUUCAAACCAAGAUGCUUUGUCAUCCAGCUCGUCACUGAAAUUUCGAAAACUUGAACAUCUGCGCCGCUAAGACUUUUACAGAUUAUAAUAAUAAUCCAGGACACUGAGAUGUAAUAUUCAAGUCGGGGAUGUAAACACUUUUUUAAUUUCUGGAGCAGUAUUUAUAUUGAUCUUCCAGACUUUAUAAAGUAUAUAUAUAUAAACUAAGGACCUUCUUUGUACACUGUUAAUGAAAAUGACUGAAUUGUGAAUUGGCAAUGCAGUGUAAAUUAUUCUACAGUUAUGCUGUGAAACACAUCUUCAAAUUUUCAUAUAUUAAAACAAGUUGCAGCUGACAACUUCAGUUAAAACAAAAAGCAAGCUAGUUUUUACUGCAAUUAAUGUUCUUUGACAAGAGGGAAUGUUUGAGUGCUAUUUAUUUUCUCAGUUUGCUUGCACUACAGUUUAUGGAACUCCUUCAGAAAUACUGUGUGCACUGCAUCACUUAACAGCAGACAAAGGGGCAGCGUCUCCUGUUCUUAGAAUGCCUAGGAGACCUGCGUGGUGUAGGCAUGGGAAGUCAAAAAGAUUGCUUUCAUUUUUAUUUUUUUACAAUGCUGACAAAUAGUUUUGUGAAGGGUUUCCCCCCCCCAGUUUUUCAUUAUCAUGUUAUUUCCUCAUUGCCCUCCUUUGUUUAAACGUAAAUUGUCCUGCGUUGCUCCAAGUUGCCUGGGAUGUGGCUGUACGUUGGGUGCCAGUGUGGGGGAGGCAGCUCACGUCUGAUCACAUAGAUAAUCUACCCACUGUCUUUAUGUCCUCUGUGAAUAUGGGAAUGUUCC